AUGACUGCCCAGUACAAUUCGAGUUCAAACUUAGAGAAUCGAAAGAGCAAAAGUUCGGAACGCCUACCUACAGUGACAGCAUACAACAAAUACAUAACAUUCUAUAUACACCAGUACACGCCCAUACUCACACUUGAAGAAGUACUCAAGGACACGAACUUCCAUAUUUCAUCAAAACAUCAACUGUUUGCUCGAAGGCACCCGCUCGAGCAAAUCGGCGAGCAGGUGGAGUCAAGGUGA